AAAAAUCAACUAAUAAUGCACAAAAUAUUAUCUCUAACAUGUCAGUAUUUAGCAUUAGUGUUUUGGCAGUGGUCUUACCCAUUGCCCAGGUGCUCGGGCACGGGUACAUGGUCAACCCCAUCAACAGAGCUUCCAGGUGGAGGUUAAACAUAACUAACGCAGAAAUACCUCAUGACUAUGAGGACAAUCAAUUUUUCUGCGGAGGGUAUCAGGUGCAAUAUGAAAUUAAUGGGGGUAAAUGUGGACCAUGUGGAGAUAAUUGGAGUGAUUCCAUACCAAGAAACAAUGAAAAUGGAGGGCUUUAUGGCCAAGGGAUUGUAGUAGCUGAAUAUGCCUCCGGAGAUCUAAUAGAAGUAAAUGUUCAAAUCACAGCUAAUCAUAAAGGAUUUAUUUCUUACCAGUUGUGCGAACUUGAGGAUCCUACCCAACCCGAAGAGGAGGAAUGCUUUCAACAGCUCCAAUUAGAAGACGGAAACAGUACUCAAGCCAUCCACUCCGACGACUUCGAGGUAUCGAGUAUCGUCAAAUUACCGGACGAGUUCGUUUGCGAUAGAUGCGUACUUAGAUGGCACUACACAGCAGGUAAUAAUUGGGGUACUUGUGACGAUGGUACUCAGGCAGUUGGUUGUGGACCUCAGGAGACGUUUCGGUCAUGUGCUGAUAUUCGUAUUUAUGCUGCCAAGGAGUCAUAAGCAUUUACAUUCAUCCUAACUGUUCCUUUGUAUUUAUUUAU